AUGUGGUUUGAAUACAUUUGGCUGGCAUUAACAGCUAUAGCUGUAAUAUCAAACAAAAGUGUAUCUCAUGCCCAGAGUCAAAACACCAGUGAAUCUAAAAUACAAAAGCUAAGAAAUGAUUAUGUUCAGAAAGAAUACGGUACACCAAACACAGAAAACCUCACACGAAGUAUAAAUGACGGGAACAAAAUAAAUACCCAAACAUUGUUUGGAGAUAUUAUUGCGAAUAGCAUGAAAAACUUUUUACCCUUUUCAAAUGUCAAUGAAAAUUGUACUAGAGAUGGACAACAAUUCAUGAAUGGUUUAAAUAACCAAACAUUGUGGGCUGUUAAAAUGUACACCUCUUCGUCAAAAUAUCCUGGGUCCAUUUUAUCCGGCGACGUCAACGAAUUGGGAUACUUUGACCAAUGCAUGCGCGUCUCAUCAAAACGUCUCGGGAUUCAAGGAGCGUACGCCAUAGCAAACGUACGGUUUCACCUUCCUUCUGCAGACGAUGACGAACCUCCCGAACCGCUCAACCAACUCGACAUAGUCGAAGCGGAUCGGGAACGAUCGAAAAGAGACGCCGCGGCAGGAGUGCCGGGAAACCUGUUGUGGGCGUUGUGUUUUCCCGACUCGUGUACCAACGAAGACAUAAGGUCGUCCGUCGACAGGGUGUUGAUACCAGCUUUCCGUGUGAGCAACAUCAGCGUGAAAGUCGCAGUUCCGCCGUUGAUGUACACGUCUAAGGACACCGCGUUGGAGUACACAAAUACGGUUUCGAUCGUCUAUGGAAUAUUCGUCGUGGGCAUUGCAUUGGUGAUCGCCGGCACGGUGUACGAAUUAUUUGCAAAUAAACUCGGGAAACCUACUUUUGUCGGUAAGUGUUUAAGUUCGUACUCGAUGAUAACAAAUAUGAGAAACUUAGUAGAAGACCCAAAAACUAAAGACUUUACCGUAACCAAUGGGCUGAAGACGUUGGGAAUAAUAUCUGUGAUAAUUGGUCAUAGAGUUGCACUAACCUUAGGAAUCCCAUCAUUUGAUCCUGAGCUCUCGGAACACAUUUUUACAGAUUUUGAGUGGUCGUUUCUCAAGUCUCCGGUUGCAGUUGAGAUAUUUUUUAUAAUAAGUGGGUUUUUUACUUACGUCCUGAUCGAAGAGCGUUUAAGGAGUGGAAAGUCAUUGAGGUUCAUGUUUUUAAUGAUUUACCGAAUAAUCAGGAUUUAUCCAACGUAUAUUACUGUUAUUGUAAUAUUUGCAUUUGUUUUGCCUUAUAUGGGUGAUGGCCCAUUGUGGAAACUUAUUGUGUACCCCGAAGCUGAGUUUUGCCGGAAAAACUGGUGGACUAAUCUAUUGUUUAUAAACAACUACGUGAAUUCAAACGAAAUGUGUAUGCUACACUCGUGGUACUUAGCAUGUGACAUGCAUUUUUUCAUAAUUGGAAUUUUCUUGACCUAUAUUAUAUGGAGAUGGAAUAAAGCUGGUGUUUGUAUUUAUGGCGCUAUCUUUGCUGUAUCUAUUUAUUUACCAGCAAAAUCAAUUUAUGACAAUAAACAAUGGGGAGUGAUGCCAUACUUCCAUGGUAACAUUAAAAAUCUCAGAACAACUGAACAUUUCCAAAGAAUUUACAUAAAGAGUCAUUAUAGGAUCACAACAUACCUCGUUGGUCUUGCAGCGGCUUUCAUAUACUUGCGUAUCAAACAAUCCAAAUUAAAAUUUUCAGUAAAAAAUAGAACAAUAGGAUUUAUGUUAUGCUUGUUGUUGCAUAGCAUCUGUUUUAUUGUUACCGGCUACUUAUAUUUACCAGGACUUACAUACAAUCCAUGGAAUCACAUAAUUUACUUCACGUUCCAGAGAAUCGUAUAUUCGUUGACUAUAUCGUACUUGCUUGUCGUCGGCUCAUUGUCUAAUUUCGGUUUUAUCAGCAGUUUUAUUGAGUGCAAACUUUUCACCAUCAUAUCAAGAUUAUCGUACGUUAUGUAUCUGACACAUUUCAUUGUUCAGUUGCAAAGUAUUGGUCAAAUCCGUCAACCAAAAUAUGGAAACUUUUGGACAUUGUAUUGGGAAAUCAACGCCGAUUUAAUGACAGCACUAUCGUACUCUAUAAUUUUUAAUCUAAUUGUGGAAGCACCUAGCAGAAAAAUAUUCAAGGAACUUAUGAGCAAAUGUCUUAAAACUGAAAAUGAAUCGGACGCCGCAGGGUCAUGA